UUCCGGUUUGAUAUGUUGUUUUGUACACGUAGGCGUGUUACUUAACACAUGUGUAAUUCCCCUAAUUUAUCGGGUUUCAUAAAGCGCGUGAGCUUAAUUAAGCGCGUGUGUGUACGCUAUUUUCGCGACGCUGCGACUCAACAAUUGCUUCCUAGGGUUUCGUCGUUGCAAUCACAGUCACUGUUCAUGAACCACGGAUCCUAAUCUCACCGAUCUUCGAUUCGUUGUUUGAGAAAUCCCCAAUUACUGGUGCUGUUCGUAAAAACCCUUGAGAUUUUUCCGUUCAGAGAAAUUGUCAACGAGGGUAAUGGCGUCUGGUCAUAUAGCCGGUGGUGGAGUUUCGAAGACGAAGCAUAAAUGGAGUGAUAGUGGCAACAAAAGCCAAAAACGAUCGAAGCCCACGAUGGCGAAGUCGAAUUCGCUUGGGUCGGAAGAUAAUCAUCAGAUGAUGAAGAUAAGUUUGAGCUCAAUUUCGAAACUUGAAGUUAGGAACUUGAAGCGGAAACUACAAGCUGAGCUUGAAGAAGUUAGAAGCUUGAUCAAGCGACUCGAACCACAAGCUCCCGUGCCGAACAAGAAGCUGAAAACAGCAAACGGUGGUAAGAAGAGUGGAGUACAUGGAGCUGGUGAUAAAGGUACCGUUCAGAUUUUGAAGAGCUGCAACAAUUUGCUUACGAAAUUAAUGAAGCAUAAGUCUGGAUGGGUUUUCAAUACUCCAGUUGAUGCAGUUAGGCUUGGUUUACAUGAUUAUCACACUAUUGUUGAGAAGCCUAUGGAUCUAGGAACAGUGAAGACGAGGUUGAGUAAGAGUUGGUAUAAGUCACCAUUGGAGUUUGCUGAGGAUGUGAGACUUACUUUUAACAAUGCAAUGCUGUAUAAUCCCGUGGGGCAUGAUGUGCAUCAUAUGGCUGAGUUUUUGUUGAAUCUGUUUGAAGAGAAAUGGGCGCCUCUUGAAACGCAGUAUGGAUUACUUAAUAGGAAGCAACAACCAGUCCGUGAUAUCGAUCUCCAUGCUCCUGUUUCAACAAACACUCAUAACAUAGAGCCAUUUCCGUUACCUCCUCCUCCUCCUCCUACGGUAGUUGAAAAUAGGACUUUGGAGAGAGCAGAAUCUAUUACAAACCCAGUGAAACCUGCAGUUCUACCGGUUGUCCCUGAGAAGCCUGUAGAAGAGGCGUCUGCAGACAGGGACUUGACGUUUGAUGAGAAGCGGAGACUUAGUGAAGACCUUCAGGAUUUACCUUAUGACAAGCUAGAGGCAGUUGUGCAGAUUAUAAAGAAGAGUAAUCCAGAACUCUCUCAACAAGAUGAUGAGAUUGAGUUAGAUAUUGAUAGUCUUGAUCUGGAAACUCUUUGGGAGCUUUACAGAUUCGUGACUGAAUAUAAGGAGCGCUCGAGCAAGAAAAAAGAGGAACAUGGAUUAGACUCAGAAAGAGAUGCUGAAUCUUUUCACAAUAGUGUGCAAGAACCGAACACACUAGUAACUGGCCUUGAAUCGUCAAAAGUUACUGAAUUAGGUCAUGUGGCAUCUCCUGUUCGACAAGAAGUAAAUGUUGGAGGAUCAAGUAGUUCUAACAGUUCUAGUAGUGGCUCAGGCUCGGGUUCUAGUGAUUCUGACAGUGAUAGCUCAGGGCAUGGAUCUGAUAUCGGUAAUUAACCACGAUUGUGAAAGUAUUUAGCAUAGGCGGGAGCCAUCGUGUUGUCUGACUUCAAACUUUUUGGUUUAUUUGCAUCUCUUUCAAUAGCAAAGCUAGGUUGCCUUCUUUUCCAACUUUUCCCCAUCGGAUUGUUAUGUAUUAGGUUCUUGUUAACUGUAUAGAAAAGUGAACAUCUCAAGUGUUUUGUUUCGGGCUUGUGUCAUCAAUUGAACAGGCUUGUUCUGUACUUCUUAAUUGUCUUUUAUUUUGGUCUUACGUUCAUAA